GUCCAACAUUCAGCUGAAACGAACGGCUGCGUUAACGGGAAUGUAAGUUCAGCACAGGCGCGCGCGCAACAAACCAGGAUGAAACACCGCGCAAAGCACAAGAAGACACAAGAACAGCGCGAGCGCAAGGCCAAGCUGUAGUAUUACAUAAGCAGAGAAGUGGAUUCAGUCAUUGUUCAGCCAGCUUGAAUGAUGAUGAUGAUGCAUGGGCUAAUACAAACCUGCAGAAUGAAGUGAAGAAGUGAUAAACGAAUAAUUAUCUUCAGGACUAAUACCCACAAUGCCCCAGGACAUGAGUUGUGUGGGGAGGUGUGCUGCCCUUCCUGGCAGUAAAAAUGCUAAGGACAAAAGCAACAUUUCUUCUCUGAUGUCCAGAAAAAACGUUCACACACAGCAGAUGAUGAAUGGAAGACACUCCCGCUGCAGUUCUGAGAAAGACUCAGGUUACUCAGAUGCUGGAUCUGACUAUCAGCAAACAGAUGUAGAUGAUCAACACGGUACUGUGACUGAGCUGAAGGGCUGUAAACCUCAGAGUACGGGAGAUCAGCGGAAGCACAUCCUGGUAUCGGGACAAGCAGAGUUCACUCCAAUGUUUAUCAUAAAAAAUGUAGUUUUAAAACAGUCGGGACAAACAGGACAGGAUCAGGUUCUCCAGUCUUUGUGGGGAUCGGAGAACACUAAUGCUCAAAGUAAUCUUCUUUUGCUGCAGCAGCCUAGUAUCACUGUCUCUCCAAUUCAUGUUCUUACACCACAAAUACGAAGAGCUGAGAGCAAGAACAAAAAGAGCAAAAAUGCCCACCUCCCCAUCCUCAACUCAUAUCCCAAAAUUGCUCCCAAUCUGAACAAAAAGAAAACAGAGAAACCCCUAGCCAGCAGGGAGGGCAGUUCAGAGGAGCACAGCCUGAGUAAGAGAGUGUGCACUGAGGAAACUAAAGAGGAAGUAUCUGUAUCUACACAAGUGUCUGAAAAGCAUCCAAACAAGCAGCCUGAGAGCCACAUCCAAUCUGACUCUUAUUCUUUCUUACUUCCAAGCAGUGAUUUAGAACAGACGAGUUCAUGCUUCCCACCUCCAGAACUAAAAAUCACAGGAACACCAGCCUCCAUGAGCUGGUCCUCUGUUUCCAGUUCAAAGACUUCCUCAUCGUCCUUUUCAGCUUCUUGUUCUGAACCUGCUGCACUUUUGCUCCCCACCAGUAAGAUGAACCUUUCAGGAGGCUUGGUCCCAGACUCUACCAUUGGCUUGACUCGGCACCGCCGCUUCCUCAACACAGUGGAGAUAUUGAGCCAGUCAGGGUUGCUGGACAUUACACUAAGAACACAGGAGCUGCUCCGCCAGAGUGCUACCACAGAGCAAAACAUUGCUCAGCUUAGUCAACAUACACAUCUGCUAUGCCAGGCUAUCCACGCAGGUUCCAACAUGCCUGCUUUAGAGCAAAUACACAGAAUUAUGGUUGAGUCAGGUUGCUAUCCAAAUCUCAGGAGCUUGCUUUUUAUGGCCAGUGAUGGAGCGUUUGAGGCUGACAGCGGUUCCAGAAUCAAUGCCUAUAGACAUGAGUUUAAUGGACAGCAAGGAGUUGCACCUCCCUCCCCCUUUCUCACCACUGAGCCAGUCAGGGAUUUUAUAUCAGCAAAUCAGCAGGACUCAACAUUUGGCAUUGAUUGGUCGAUGGCCCAUGGGAAGCACCAGCUUCACAAACAGGUUCAUAUACCUCCAGACAGCUCAAAUCGUGAGGCGGCUGCUGUAGAAACGUAUACAGAGUAAUACUCUGAGUGACCGAAAUAAAUACAGUAAUUCAAAAACACACAAAUCCAUUGACCUCCACAUCCUUCAAGUCAGUGAGUACUGGCCUUCACUGUGGAGAAAUACUUUAGGUGGCACGUUUCAGACAUGGAUUCAUUUAUGAACUAAACCACUUCAUGAUAAGGCCAGUUUUUGUGUUUUAACAAUUUAUGGUAUCUCAGGGUUGCUAAAAACUGAACACUUUCAACAGGUCUGUAACUAUGUAGCUAGCAGUUAAUAUUUUGUUAGUGAGUGACUGCUUUUUAGCAUUUUGCUAGAUGUGUCAGGUCUACACAUUAUGAUCAGCCACAAACAAGUAGCAUUAUUACAGGCACAUGGCAGACAGAAAAGAAAUAAAUAAGGACUUGGUUUGUAUUGUACGGAAGCGUAUUGCAUUCACUUGAGGAAAAAAAAUCUACUGUUUUUCUGAAUUAACGAGUUAAUUAUCUCAGAAUUAUGAGAGAAUUUUUCAUGAAUAAAAAGUUUUUUGCUCUGUUUUUCUGAAUUAACAACUUAAUGUGGAUUGCAUGGAAGUAAACAUGUCCCGCCUUUCAAGUUUAAUCCGGUUUUAUUUUACUUUGGGUUUGAGACAUUGGGAGAUCAAAUAAUUAGGAAGCCCUUUUUAAACAGGGUGAAACUGUCCAUUCUGAGUCCUUUCUGCAUCUUCUCAACCGUGUAUAUUUUAGUUACUGGAGACUUUCUUGUCAGUUUAAACCAGUUUGCCAUUAUCUCUUAUUAUCAGUGUUUUUCUACUUACACAGGUACUGCUUGCUGGGUGUUUUUGGGCAUCAUUCUGCAUAUAUUUAUAUCUAGUGACAUGUUUGGGGAUUUUUAAUAGAUUGGUCAGUGAGCAUA